AUGGUGAAAGUGACAUGUGCAGGAGCGUGCCAAGAGCACUUAGCCCGCGAGAUGCAGGCAACCAGGAGGGAGCGGGCCUACCUGAGAGAGGCCAAUGCGUGGCUGCGGUGGGAGGACAAGGAGGGUGAAACCCUGGAAGGCGAAAAUAUUUUCGCCAUCCAGGAUUUGCACGCCAGGGCCGCCAAAUGGUUGGCGGAUUCCGAGGACGAGGCCUACAUGGCCGGGGCUCGCUGGGAAGGAGGUGUCGGUCCGGACACCCCGAGAGCGCGCUGGGUCCGCGCUGUGAGGCGCGAGGCGCGCCAGUUCGAGGCCGAGGGCGAGCAGGUGCUCGCCCUCUACGAUGUCGAGGAUGCCUGGGCCCUCAGGAUCCUCUUCGGAGAGGAGCCCACCCAGCCUGACCUGACGGAGGAGGACUGGUCCCUGGAGCAGUGGGACUGAGAUCCCCCU